AUGAAGUCUUUUCCCCUCUUGCCCUUGCUCGCGACGGGCUCCCUUGCCCACUACUACUUCCCGAACACCAUCGUCGAUGGCGUACAAUCCGACGACUGGGAGUUCAUCCGCCAAACCCAGAACGUUCCCGGCUCUGAGCCCGUCGAAGACCUCGACUCCAACCUCCUCCGCUGUUUCGAGGCUUCUGACCGCCCCGCCGCAGAUGUCCUCUCCGUCGCCGCCGGCGCCGAAAUCGGGCUCAAGUCCAGCAACAGCAUGGGCCACCCGGGCCCUUCGCUCUUCUACAUGGCCCGCGUCCCGGACGGCGAGGACAUUACCACCUGGCAGCCCACCGGCGACGUCUGGUUCAAGAUUGACCACUACGGCGACCAAGGCGGCGAGUACCCCCAAUUCGAGACGGAGAUGACCGAAAUCUACACCACUAUCCCGUCCUCGGUGCCCGACGGCAACUAUCUCCUCCGUGCCGAGCAUAUUGGUCUUCAUGUUGCUGGCGCCCCGCAGUUCUACAUUGCCUGUGCCCAGCUCUCUGUCUCCGGUGGCGGCUCCGGUAAUCCCAGCCCCCUCGUCUCGUUCCCGGGCGUAUAUACUAUGAACGAUCCCGGUCUCUCGGUCAAUAUCUAUGUUGCUGAUGGCCCGUAUGAGUACCCCGGCCCCGAGGUGUGGUCUGGCUAA